AUGGGUGAAUCAAGACAAGAACUCGUCGCUUGGUUAAACAACCUCCUCCAGCUCAACAUCACCAAAGUCGAACAAUGCGGGACUGGAGCAGCGCUUUGCCAGGUCUUCGACAGCAUCUUCUAUGAUGUACCGAUGUCGCGAGUCAAGUUCAACGCGAACACCGAGUAUGCAUAUCUGCAGAAUUUCAAGGUAUUGCAGAACACGUUCGCCAAACACCAGGUCGAUAAGCCGAUCCGAGUCGAGUCGCUGGUCAAGUGCAAGAUGCAGGACAAUCUCGAGUUCCUCCAGUUCGUGAAGCAGUACUGGGAUCAGCACUUUCCCGGUCACGAAUACGAUCCCGUUGCUCGCCGCAAAGGACAGCCUGGUCAAUCCACCGGUGGCGCCGCACCCCGCGCCGCACCUGCCGCCGCCCGAAGAGCACCUGCUGCUAGCAACACCGCUGCGCCUAGGACACGCACACCGCUAAGCACUGGUGGAGGUGCCGCUAGUGCUGCUCUGCGCGAGGAGAACACACAACUCAAGGAGACAGUUACGGGUCUGGAGCGCGAGAGAGACUUCUACUUCAGCAAGCUGCGCGACAUCGAGCUGCUCAUCCAGCAGGCGAUGGAGGCCGAUCCUGAGUUGGAGAAGGACGAGGGUCUGCUCAAGCAGAUCCAAAACAUCCUGUAUUCGACCGAAGAAGGAUUCGAGAUCCCCCCGGAGGCUGAGGGCGUCGAGGAGGAGACGUUCUAG